AAUCAAGCGAAUUUGUAAUAACAAGUUGCUUGUGUGAUUUUUUUGCGUUAUUUUUUUGGUUGGUUGUAACAUCUCUAGUUGUUGUUAAUUGCGCGAUUUAUUCCCCGAAAAGAAUUUAUACAUAAUUUUUGGCUGUUGUUUCGGCAUAGGAUUUCAAAAUCUUUUUUUUUUUCUGCGAGUCUCACCAGCCUGCCUGUUUUAGCGGCGAAUAAGUCAAGCGUUUCGGUUUUAAAAGUGGAAUAGAGAUUUUGACCUCAAAUCGUCUUUUCGCAAUAAAAGUGUACAAUUUCCAAAAAUAUUCGAAAUUGAGUCUAUAAUAUGCGGAAUCAUUUGGUAUCAUCACUAGUAUUUUUCUCAUAAAUACUGUCAAAGAGCGUAGUUUAGUUUUUUUUUUUUUUUAGUUUAUCUAUGUUUUGACUACUAUUAAAAAAAUUAAUACAUAGUUUUAUCUUACUUUAAAACGGGUAAAAUAAUAAAAAAUAAAUGUUGCACAAAUGAUUAAUAUUAAAAAUAUCACAUUUUAAACAUUUAAAACACUCUCCUGUAAAAUUAGUAAGUUUUGAGAUUAUACAUUUUUAAUGCGAGAAGACGAAAUAUCAAGGCGAUGCCGGCAAUCACGUUACGAUGUUCAAAAACUUCUGCAAAGGCUUAACACCAAAUGUCAAUAUCGGCCUACAAAUACAGACAGAAUGACCAGCAGGAUUCGCCUCACAGUCACCCACAGAAAUAUCUGGCAGAUGAACCGAAUCGCAUGAGUGAAAGGUCGAUUCACAACACAGACCACAACCAAAGACUACAAUCGAGGAGUUCAACGAAAAUCGAGGAAGCAUCCCGAACUGAAAAUGGAACUUUCAAGAUCUUGAACAAACCAUUCUCGAUACACAGACGAUUUGCUCAAACGGACGACUCUCCGGGAGACAGGGUGGUGUUCCCGGGGCUGACCUCAAGGUCAGGCGUAAACCCAUACGUCCCAGAAAUCCCGGAGUCGUGCAAGAAAAUUGGCAUCUGUGACAAGAUACCGAAUUACCCAAGAGAACAAGUAGAAAAGAUCGUUGCUAAGUUGGGCGAGAAAACAGAGUUUCAAUUCGACAAACUGGACUUACCUUCGAUACCGGAUAUCGCCCAGCGGGCAGGCUCAUUCGAAGACUCGUACGAACUAUGUGACUUUAGAGUUCAGAUUAUGACUCCACUGGCAGCUCAAUCGGAUGAUCUCAAAUGGUACCAUGUAUUGAAUUUUAACGAAAAUCCACUACAAGGUUUCAGGGUCGAGAUAUGCAACACUACGAGUACCGGUUGCGCGAAAUUCGUGACGAUGGAAAAUAACUACAAUCCGAAAUGCGUUCAGAAGUUUAUAUUCAGAAAAAUGAAGAUCCUAAGCGAAAGCGGCGAAAUGAUCGAGAGGUCCAUGAAAGUUCCGAGCUGUUGUUCGUGUGUUGCCACGCUACUCGGUUAAACUGUACAUGUGCGAGUGCCUGUGCCUGUGUGUGUGUGUGUGUGCGCGUUAAAAUCAUGAAAUGAGAUUACGAAAAUUUAUUGCUCAAAAACUUUUGAGGAACGAACUUUGUUAAAAGACUACCCGUCUUAAAUAUAUUUAUUUAAAGAAACUA